CUCUUUCUCUCAGAUAUAAUUAUUCGCAGCACACAAAAAGAGGGGGCGCAAGCAAGAGAAGACACGAGAACUAGCGGAAGAGAGAGAAGAAAAGCUUAGGGAGAGAGGGAGAGACGUGUAGUGGUGGAGUUGGAUCGGCCUGUGCGGAUCGGAGGAGGUCAUGAACAGCUAAUGCCCAUUCAUUUAUUAUGGACUUGCACCAGUUGUUAAAGUACAGAUUAGCUGGUGCUAACGUCUUCUACGAGUUCCCUACAGAAAACAACUUAGCAAACAUUCCCUGGCCAGUUAGUCCCCUGAAGUCCGAGUUCAGCAACUCCCCAUACACUCUUUCAGCCCAGCUUGAGUGUGACAAUUUGUCUGCUAUUAGCAACACUCCAGAUAAUCAGAGCUCCACAGAAACCAUUUCAGCACAACCAAUAUCACCAUUGGAAGUUGACAGUUCAUACAGACAGGCAGGCAUCCUUCGAGAAAACACCCAAGUGAGACCUGAUCCAUUGUACGCAACAUCAAGGCAUAAUAUGCAACACACUUUACGGGAAAUAGAGACUGUUCUGAUGGCUCCUGAUGCUGAUGAUGCAGCCAAUGGCACCAAGCAUGAGUUUGAGGAACACAAACCUACUCAGCUGAUGAGGCAGCGGUCAAGGACAUGGAGUCAUGAAUCAAGACAGCCAUCACCAGGAGUUGUCCGCACACAAUUUGGAUCUGGAUACCCCACAGCAAGCUAUGACUUCCGCCCAGAAAAGCGGCAAAGGGAGUUAAGGGAGGAUCCGCAGAGCAUGGUGAAGCAGCUAUUAACCAAGUGUGCUGAAGCAUUAAGUGAGGAGAGGAUAGAUGAGUUCUUCAAGCUUGUUCAGCAAGCUCGCGGAGUUGUAUCAAUUACUGGGGAGCCAAUACAGCGGUUAGGUGCUUACCUUCUUGAGGGUUUGGUUGCUAGACAUGGAAACUCGGGUACGAACAUAUAUCGUGCUCUGAAGUGCCGUGAGCCGGAGAGUAAUGAACUUUUGUCCUACAUGAAGAUUUUAUACAGUAUCUGUCCGUACUUCAAGUUUGGCUAUAUGGCUGCCAAUGGGGCAAUUGCAGAGGCAUUGAGAAAUGAGGAUAAAAUCCAUAUAAUUGAUUUCCAGAUUGCUCAAGGGACACAAUGGAUAACACUGAUCCAAGCGCUAGCUGCAAGGCCUGGGGGUCCACCACAUGUGCGGAUCACUGGGAUAGAUGAUCCAGUGUCAGAGUACGCUCGUGGGGAAGGUCUGGACCUUGUAGGGAAGAUGUUGAAGAGCAUGUCCGAAGAAUUCAGGAUACCAUUGGAGUUUACCCCUCUACCUGGUUUCUAUGCCACUCAAGUCACAAAAGAAAUGCUGGACAUCAGGCCAGGCGAAGCACUUGCUGUCAACUUCACUCUGCAGCUACACCACACACCAGAUGAGAGCGUGGAUGUCAACAACCCACGGGACGGGCUACUCCGGAUGGUGAAAGGGUUGUCCCCGAAGGUGACUACGCUGGUGGAGCAGGAGUCACACACCAACACAACUCCAUUCCUGAUGAGGUUCAGCGAGACUAUGGACUACUACUCGGCCAUGUUCGAGUCAAUCGACGUGAACCUGCCACGGGACAGCAAGGAGCGGAUAAACGUGGAGCAGCACUGCCUUGCCAAGGACAUUGUGAACAUCAUCGCCUGUGAGGGGAAGGACCGGGUGGAGCGGCAUGAGCUCCUGGGCAAGUGGAAGUCGAGGCUGACCAUGGCUGGGUUCAAGCCGUACCCGCUAAGCUCAUACGUGAACUCGGUGAUCAGGAGGCUCCUCGCAUGCUACUCUGACAAGUACACCCUGGAGGAGAAGGACAGCGCGAUGCUGCUCGGCUGGAAGAAUAGGAAAUUGAUAUCAGCUUCUGCGUGGCACUGACAAUAAGUUUUCAGAAGAACAUAAGUAAACACCUUCUCUUACAUAUAAAUAUAUAUAGUGAAUUCCCUGGUCUGCUUUCCCAGGAAAGGUUCUCUUUGUUGUGUACAUGUACAGGAUGUUGCAUCCUUAGUUUUUUCCCCCUAAAUUGUAAACCAGGAUAAACAUUGACAUUAGAUUCUAGCUGUAUGAUAAUUACAAUUUUCUUGUGUUCUCCCGUCAGUCUUAUGGUAUCUUGGAUUGGAUGUA